AAACGUAAGACCUUCAUUUGGCUUUUUCCUGCACUGGAUUAUCGGGUCCGCCGUCACCAAGGGCAAAGUGCCUAGCUCCUCGUUGUCAUGGCCCCCAUCUUCGCUAGGCUGGUAGCAUUCAUCACUGUUAACCGCAUACCUAAGCUAGGUUACCUAAGUUUAGGCCAUCGCCACUUAAGAAAUAAAGGCCACUACUCAUAAGAGCGCCACGAAACGCUAAAAGCAUGUAGUCAUGUCAAAUAAGUAGGUGUAUGUGUUCGUGUCUUUAUCGGGGAUCUAUAGCGUUGCGAAUUGGUUUGGGUUGCAAAAUUUGCAAAAGUUGCAAAAUACAUGACAAAGGCUGGAGGAGGUUGGUUUCGGAGAAAAUGUUGUGGCAAUCGGUCGGGGGUACCACUAUGACUGUUCCCUUGCUUUCCGCGGCCUUGCGGAACGCCUGGAAUUAAGAGCGGGCCAAAAACCAGCGGGACGGAAAACCCCUGGAAACCCCUGGCAACAAACCACUACCGGUAACGAGAUGAUAACGUCUUGUAUUGUUGUCUUGCCGAAGUGUCACAUCUUCUGUUAUCUUUAUCUGUUUGUCUUAUUGUCGUGUUCGGCGUCAUAUCACGGUGUCAACGCCGAAGUCGCAUUAUGAUGUCACGUGGAGUCUUGUCAUGUCAUGCCAUAUCAUGUCAUGGUGUCUUGUCACAAAGACGUGUACGGCAGUUUGAUCCUUUAUGACCUACUGCAGGCACGUCACAAUACACAAAGCAACUUUCCUUCAAAGAUAUACAAGCAGGUUGGUAAGGCUACUAUAUACUUGCUUAGGUGGCGUAUUUUACGUCGUCUACAACUUACAUAGAACCAUACGUGCUAAGGCGUGUCCGAUCCAGAAGUCCCUAACUGUCCCUAGUUCGCACGUCUAUAGAAUGCCGCAAGGCACGCUGUUGCUACUCCUCGUAUCUCUGGCAGCUUUGGGCUUGGUAAACUCCCAAGUGUGCCCCAGCGUGGAGGGCUACACCUUCUAUCGACUACAGGAGGUCCCAGCCGCCUAUGUCAUCCGCACCUUGAGUCCUGCCGGCACCCCAACCGACAUUGCGGCCGCAUGCUCCAAGGCUAGCACCUGUAACGCCUUCACCACGCUGGGUGACCUGCUGGUGGUUCCCAUGGCGCCCGCCUUCGUGUCCAUGGAUACCAGCAGCGACCCCUCCCUCACCGCCUGUGAUGGCGUAUACGUUGCUGCAUCUCGCCCAUUUACUGGCUUAAGGCUUCCGGCCACAGUUUCACUUGCCUCUUUAAGCAAAUCUGGCGCGGACACGCUUCGGGACAUGCAAGCCACAGUUACAGUAGCGCGCAGGGUAAGGGAGAAGCUGGGGGGCAAGGACGUGAGGGCCAUGCGCAGGAGCGACAUUGCUACAGCUUUCAAGGCAGCAGCGACCCCACAAGCCCAAGCCAGCAGCACGCUUGGCAGCUACACAUACAACGACGUGGUGGAGGCAAUCGCCGCGCCGGCGUGGGACUCCCGCAACGUUGUUCAGGGCACCAAGCACAAGAACUACAUCAGUGCCGUGAAGGACCAGGGCAGCUGCGGAGCAUGCGUCGCCUUUGCGGUUACUGCUGCUGCCGAGGCAGCAGUUGCAGCGGUUAAGAGUAUGAAAAACAACACCAACGAUUACUCGGAGCAGUGGUUGUUCUUCUGCAACACCCUCUACAGCCUCAACUGCACCGACGGCUGGACUGCUAGCGGUGGCGUGGAUGCGCUGGCAAGGAUGAACAUCCCCUACGAGCGCAACUACCCCUACCUACCUGACACGGAGUCCUGCACACUCCAGUCGCGCCCUGAGAUGCGUGCCGGCGGCACAUUUGAGCACAUCAACAUCACGGACCUCACGCUGGCCAAGCAGCACAUCCGGGAGUACGGCUCUGUGAUGUCGUACUUUACGUUGUACGACGACUUCUUCUACUGGCUGCCAUCCUCCCCGCCUUACGCCUGGGACAACGUCAGCGCUCCGGCUGGCUCCCACAUGGUCACAGUUGUUGGUUACAACGAUACGGGCGCCUACUGGAUCGUCAAGAACAGCUGGGGCACCGAGUGGGGUGACAACGGAUACUACCUGGUUGCCUACGACAACCGCUGUGGGUUCAUGUCCGGUGAUGGCGACAACAUUUUGGGCCUGACCUGGACCCCACCAUCUCCCAAGUCGUCUCCGCCACCGCCUUCCCCUCGGCCCCCACCACCCGCCCGGAUCUGCGGCGACGGCAUUUGCAGCGGCUCCGAGACUUGUUCCACCUGCCCUGGCGACUGCGGUGCAUGCACGGUGUGCGGAGACGGUGUUUGCGCAGGAGGCGAGACCUGCGUGACUUGCCCUCGGGAUUGCGGGACACGUCAGCGGGACGGCAGCCGCACCUGCUGCGGUGAUGGCAAGUGCGCAUCCAAGUACGAGAACAGCACCAGCUGCCCCGCCGACUGCCCUGCAAACACCUGCAAGCGCAACGGCGUUUGUGAUUACGCCGGUGGAGAGCGCUGCUACAACGCUGCCACCAAGACAGGCUGCCUUGACUGCGGCAUCUGCCCUCCAAACAAGUACAACAACCACUAUUGCGGCGAUGGAAAGUGCAACCGCAAACGGUUUUACAGCGAGAGCUGCUACACCUGUCCCCAGGACUGCGGCACAUGCCGCAGGAGCUCGGAUUCGUCCACUUCUUACUGCGGUGACGGCCUGUGCAACGGUAGGGAAACGAAGGACAGCUGCGCGCGGGACUGCAGCCCAUCCCGCUUCCCCCGUGUUCCACCGGGCACGACCUAUGCGGAUGAGAAGCGCAUGAUGAACGGUAACAACGGUACCGCUGCUGCCGGCAAUGUCAAUGGAACCAUCAACGGUAGCAGUGGCAACGGAAACGGCAGCAGCAGGCGGUUGCUUGUUGACCGUGCAUAAGUGAAUAAGGGGUGGUCUCGGCGCGCGCCUGCUGGACAGGGACCCACCUAGUUGAUUGGUACAUGGCCCUACCUAGAUCUCUUUUAGGUUUCUCCACAUGACACGGGUAGGGCCGUCACAAGGGAAAUGUUUCCGGUUACAUGUGGAUACGAGUAUUAUUUAUGGUGGGCCUCUGCUGUAGAUAGCGUCCGAAUGUGUAGGACGUGAUUCAGGCGCCUGCUGUUGCGCGCGUAUAGAAGUUUAUCUGUAUAUAAUUGUACCUAUUUUACCACGAUCAUGACGUGCGCCAGACUGCGAUGCAGUGCUGGGCUUGGUCCGUGCGUUAGUUUUACAUCCAAAUGGGUAACAUGUUGGCAUUGGUGCCAUGCAUUGGUGAACACUCUGUACCGGUACUCCAACCUGAACACCAACUUCGUUUGUAAUUAAUCGUUUCAAGGAUGUCCAGCUGGCCUGCUCCAUACAGCAGC